AUGGCGUUUGGCGCUGCAACUGUCCAGAGCGUCCCCCAGCCGCGAAAUUCCAAACCAAGAACCACGCUAACCACUGAACCCUGCACCCCGCCCCUCACAGUCUACGUCUGCCAAAAGCCCCAAGAGAAACGCUGUCGCUUCUUCCUCUGGGCCAGCGACGCCGAAGUCCGCGAAAAGCACGCCGUCUUGACCAACUCUCGCACAGAGCCAGCGGCGGAUUCCUUCUCUUCUGCUACCAGUUCUGCCACUAUUGCCACCCCCACCCCCGAGACACCCACCAAGAAACCACGCCUAUUCGAGACGGGCCUUCUAACCCCGCAGACUGAUCGUACGGUAAGAUUUGGAGAUACAGGCUUGGACAAUAGUGGGGCACGGGGGAAGGGAGGACAGUUGAGUGCGACCAUGCCUCCGCGAAGCGCCAAGGCCCGCAUGAUGGCUGAAGACCUUGAUGAGUUCGAAUGGGAUAUCUCGGAUGAUACGGCGGUGGGGAAUCUGCUUGGUUCUCAAGAACAGAGGCAGCAACAGGCUGCUUCUGCGACUGCUACUGCGCCAAUGCGACAGCCGGAUUUCGGUCCUCCCAAGACGCCAUCCCGGGACGCAGUUGGAGCUUCUGCGCCGGAGAAGAGAAAGCUCGAUGAUAUAUCGGAUGUGGGUGCGCAGGAUGGUUCGAAGACAGAGGCUUUUACGCCAACUUCGUUGGCUCGAUCAUUUACGGAUCGGGCGGUGUCUUUUUCUUCUACUGUGCCGUCGUCGUCGUUGGAGUUUUCGAAGACGCCUACGCCGGUGAGGUUUGUUGGGGCUAGUCCUGCUACGGGUGGAGAGAAGCCUUCGUCUGAUCUGGCAGCGCAGGCUGUUGAGAUUCUGGAUAAGAAUAGGGUGGUGAUGCCGGAGAAAGCGAAGGGUGAGUUGAUGGAUCUCUUGCAGAAGUAUGAGUUGAAGGUGAAAGGUAUUGCCCGGGGACGGGACAUUUCGAGGAUUGCGUUGAAGAAGAAGGACGACCAGAUUAAAGCGCUGAAUGAGCGAAUCUCUAUGCUGGAAAGGAGGUAG